AAAUGCUAACUUUUUACACGUUUUGGAAUUGGCUCACGUUAAUUUCAAACUCACGUGCGUCACAUGUUAGUUAAGAAGCCAUACUUCUAAAAAACGAUAAAGAAAACAAUGAAAGUAGGUUUGAAGCCCGGCCACCAAGACUUGUGGUUGUGAACUUAAACCAUAACAAGCGAACGAGCUUUCCAAUGAUUUAGCUUUCGUUUCACAGGCCCCUGAAUUUCCGGUAUCUCUCCGACGCUGAUUGGUGCAGCGACUUGAGGAGGCGGGACUUCUGCCUGAUACAGUAGCAGAGUUGGCCAACCGCCAGCGUGCAUCACUGUUCAGGCCACAGAGUGCAGCUGCAAAAAUGUCCAUAUUGUGUCUGCAUUCACAACUUACUCCAUAGCUGCACUCUCAAAGGGAAAACAACCGUUCAGCAGCCGAUGGUAUUGCUGGCUGCAGCAUAAGGUGAAGAAGUUCUGAUGUGACAUCUGGCGGACUGAGAGAAAUGGAAGGAAAAACCGCAGGGUCUGAUUAGACUGGCUGUGUGGUGGAGGUCCAAAGUGUGGAAAUAAUGUCUUACAGUAACAGAGAGCUGGUGGAGUUCUUUAUAAGCUACAAACUCUCCCAGAGGAACUUCCCAACCUCUCUUCUGAGGCCAGAAGGUGCUGAUGGAAGGAUUGAGGAAGACAAGGUCGACUCAGCCACCAGAAACGGCUUGCCAGUCAACAGCAGAACCAGGGGUGGCCAGCUGGGGACAUCUUCGUCCCCAGGCGCUAACAUAGAGGCUGUUAAGGCAGCUCUCCAGGACUCAGCAAAUGAGUUUGAACUGCUCUUCACGCAAGCGUUUAGUGACCUCUCCUCGCAGCUUGACAUCACCCCUGACACUGCCUACCACAGCUUUAAGAGCGUGAUGGAUGAGGUGUUCAAGGAUGGAGUCAAUUGGGGACGCAUAGUGGGCCUGUUUGCUUUUGGUGGUGUGCUGUGUGUGGAAUGCGUUGAGAAGGAUAUGAGCGAGCUGGUUUCCCGCAUCACGGACUGGAUGACCAUGUACCUGGAUGAGCACAUCAGUCCGUGGAUCCAGAGCCAAGGAGGAUGGGACUGCUUUGCUGAGGUUUUCGGGCGAGACGCCGCUGCAGAAGCUAGGAGAUCUCGGGAGUCUCUGAAUAGAUGGCUGCUAGUUGGAGUGGCGCUGCUAAUGGGAGUUGUGGUCGGCGUUCUCCUUGCUAAGAGACCGUGAAGGUGCUGCAUCUCGUUCACUGCGGCCACACCCUGUGUAAUGCCAACAGAAAUAAAACUAAAUGGUUGAUGUUUACAAAAAGCCCAGUCUGCUUGUGCACUGACAGAAUGUGGAUUGGCUAAAGCAGUUUAGUGGGAGCAUCCAUAAUAUGUAGCUUGGUGAGCUGCUAUACCUCUCACCCUGCUUUGUUUUGUGUCUUUUUUUUUUUUUUAACCACCCAGCAGAGAUUUUCAGUUGUUAAGAGGUGUCACUCUUCAAGCUGGAAGUGCUUUAAAUGAACCUGAUAAGCUAAGGGACUGAUGGAGCUACUUUGAUGAGACUGCUUGGUUUUUUUUUUCUUUGUGAGUUAAUCAAGGACCAAAUUUUACUACUUACAAAGUGAAAGCUGACAGAGAAUAAGAGUAGGGAUGCAUGAUAUAUCGGAUCGGCAAAUUAUCAGCCCAAAGAUGGGAAAUUUUACUUUAUUGAUUAUGGCCAAUAAUACAAAGCCAAAUUGCUUUCAUGGAGUUAUCAAGUGCAGGCAUCUACACAUCCAAUACAGUGGGUGGCAGUAGGCACCUUUAAAGUUGGUUUACAAUCCACAAGUAACGAUGAAGAAGAAGUUGUCGCUGGCGUGCGUAACAAAUCUUGACAGAGCUAUUGAAUAUUAAACCACACAUUACAUCUUACUUUUUCUCAGGUGUACAUAAUCUACAGGUUAUGAGUUUAUUUUUCAAUUACAAAAAUGUGAAAUUAUCGGAUAUCUUAUUGGUAUCAGCAAAAAGAAGGAGGUAAUUAUUGGUUUUUGGUAUUGGCUGAAGAUAAAAAAAAUCCAUAUCAUGUAUCCCUAAGUGUAAGUUAUUUUCCUUUUUUUACUGUGUAAUGCUCAGCUCUUUUUGUUGGCUGUACUGGAGUUUUAGGCAUGCUUCAAAAAAAUAAAUAUAUUUAUGUUU